ACCUGCCUGUAACAUACUGAUAACAGCUGCUAGAUAACGACUGCACAUACAGACAGACAAUGGCGACCCGAUGGAAUUUACUGUCCGUUCUCUCCCUCUGUGUCCUCUUCAGAAGUUCAUACCAGCUGAUUGGUCAGGUGACUAUUGAUAUGGACUGUGACCCAUCAAUAAGUAAUCGCAUGAACGUCUGUCCCAAUGGUUACUGCUGCGUCCGUGACGAAUUCCUUCCCUCCUACGUGUACUGCAAGAAGAUGGGAGUCCUCAACAUGGACUGCACGAUGAGGGUGACGGAGUCCGCCUGUCCGUGUGUCUCGGGCAUGUACUGCCGUCCCAACAUUGAGAGUGCCACCUUCCAUUCACUGUACGGCAAAUGCCAGCCUAACACAACAGCACAUGGCAGUAUCACUGGAUGAACUGAUCUCCAACAACGGAUAUAGGACAACUAUGACACAAAAUGAUUAAAAUAUCAUGAAAUUA